UUUCGGUCAGAGCAGCCAGUUUCCUUCUGCUGGGAACAGAGCAAAGAGGAAGCCGACAGUAUGGCCGAUGCCCCCUGCGACCGGGCUGGCAAACCCAGCAGGUAAGAGCUUGCGCAGGGGCUAACAACGCUGGGCUGUGUGGGCAGGGCAGGCGCCAGGGCCAAGCAGGAGGAAGGGCCCUGUGCUGGGCAGACCACAGCAGCUGGCGGGGACGGACACAGCUCUAUCUGCCUCUGAAGCAGCGCUGCUCCUUCCAUCCCCGUGACUGGGUUCUCCUCUCCCCAGCACAGCGGGGCACCAGGGCCGGUGGUUCCAUUCCUGCCUCCUCCUGGGCCCUGCAACAUGCGGACGCCGUCGGUGAUGAUCGUGGGCUUGGUGCUUGGCCCCUGCGGUCUGCUGUUGAACCUGGUCAGCACGCUGACUCCCUGCUGGAGGCAGGUGAGCAGUAUAUCCGGCAAGCCCAUUGACGUGGUCUAUCAGCAGGGCAUCUGGGAACUCUGCCAAGAGACCCAGAGCACCCGCCAGCGCCAGUGCGGCCUGGCUGAUGAACUCGGCUACUUCCCCACGCAGCCAGUGCCGGUGGCCAAAGGGUUGAUGGUCUCCUCGCUGGUUGUGACUGUGCUGGGGCUGGUGGUGGCGGCUCUGGGGGUGCGCUGCUGGCAGGAAGAACCCCGCUAUCUGCUGGCAGGCCUCUCCGGCCUGAUACUCUUCGCCUCCGGGCUGAUGAGCCUCAUCCCCGUCUCGUGGUACAACCACGACCUCAGCGCCCUGCCUGCGCCCGCAGGCAGCACCCUGGAGGUGGGCUACAGCCUGGUGCUAGGCUACCUGGGCAGCUGCCUGGAGCUCAUUGGGGGCUUCUCUCUGGCACUCAGCCUCCACCAGUGCUGCCAGGAGUGCAGGAGAAAGAAGACAACUACCAAAUAUCUCCACCACAGCCAGCCGGGCCCCGCCACCGUAUCUUCCAGAGACUUCAUGCCACGCAGCCAGAAGCCAGCUCCCAAGUCCUUCAGCAACCCCAUGGAUGUGCUGGAGGGAGAAAGAAGCGUCAGCCACUCCCUGCCCUGCGACUCAGACUUAUAGCCCUGCCAUGGCAGGCCGGGCAGAUACAGCCCGUACCAGCACGGACGCGGGCAGUGCAAAGGAGCCCCUGCCAGCGAGAGGCCAAGGCUGGUAGAAAGGGGAGCUGUGCCGAGCCCGGCUAAUAGCAGCAAGGACCUCUCCCUGCCUCUGUGCAGAUGGACCCUCCUGCUGCAGCAGCUGGGGCUGAUGAGAGUUUGGGACCCAGUAGCUGGAACUGCAGCCAUUUCUUGUGGGCUCUGGACAAGAGGUGGAUAUUUCUGUGGAAGCAGAGCAAGAGUGGCAUUAUUGACGAUUUGCACAUUACUGCCUGGCCAUGGUGACUUAGACAGUUAACAGGAGGUGGCAGAUAAAAUCUUCAGAAACAGCUAUGUGACUUAGGACCCUCCAGCUCAUUGGAAGUCAAUGGGAUUUAGGCUCCUAAGUGCCUAAAUUA